GCGCAAUCAAGCGGAUUCAUGCAUUGAAAGCGAUCGUGUUUUUGUAGAAAACAGUCUGCUUUCGCGCGGAUUGACAGAUUGAGAUGAGUGAACAAAAGGCAGAAGGACAACCGAGUGAAUCCACUGACGAUGAAGUUUAUGAUCCCCAUUCGCAUCGUGUCACUUACAAACCGGUGUCAGACUUCGGUUCUUUAGCGAAUUUGAUAAAAAGCGCGGCCGGAACAGGUCUUUUCGCUAUGCCGAACGCGUUUGCUUGCGUCGGACUCUUUAUCGGAAUUAUUGGCACAGCGCUUAUGGGAUUGCUGAUAACCGGAUCUCUUCAGUUGCUCGUUAGAAUCCAUCAUCUAAUGUGCACUCGUUUGAAGAAACCCACUUUAGUAUAUGACAAAGUGGUAGUCGCUACUUUAACUACGGAUGUGCGAAAACCGUGGCUGUCUGCGCGCGCUGCAACACUCAUCGUUGAUGGCAUAAUGUUAGCAUGCUACAUUGGCAUAGGUUCGGUUUACGUCGUGUUCGUUGCCGGUGUAAUUCAAGAAUGCAUAGAUAGUGAAAAAGUCAUCGGUCAGAGCUACUACGCUCUCAUAUUAUUUCCUCUACUUUUUAUAAUGAACAUGGCAAGGAACCUUUCGGACAUCGCGCCGAUUUCUAUUGUCGGAAACAUUUUGCUUAUCUCUGCUGCAAUCAUUGGAAUUGUUUAUGCUUUAAAAGACGGUAUUGGCGACACAUGGAUGAUGGUCGAACCGAACGUAGCCAUGUAUCCGAAAUUUAUUGGCUUGGUUUUCUUUAGUAUGUGUUCACCGGGAGUGAUAUUGGCGAUAGAACAUAGCAUGAAAAAACCUUGGAAUUACGUUAAAUUCUGUGGGAUAUUGAAUUGGGGCAUGGCAUUUUUGGUUGUAAUACACAUUUUCGUUGGAGCUAUUGGUUAUUUAAAAUGGGGACAGGAUGCGCUCGGCAAUUUUAUUCGUAAUCAUGAAGAGCAUGACGCACCGACGAUUACAGCAUUGGUAAUGCAAGCGCUAUCAAUAUACUUCACGUACGGAUUGCAAUGUUUUAUGCCCAUUACGAUUCUAAAAGACCAGUACGCCGUACCAGCAGUCGAGCGCGGCGCUUGGAAAGGGACACCGUUUUUCUGGGAUCUGAUCAUUCGUUUUGGCAUCACCUUCAUCACGUGCAUUCUAGCAGCGGCGAUUCCAAAGCUCGAUUUGUUCACCGGUUUGGUCGGCGCUGUAUGCAUAUCUACUUUGGCUACAUUAAUCCCGGUUACUUUAUACAUUCUGGUGCAUCACGAGAAUUUCGGAAAGUUUAAAUGGAGACUAAUCCUGGGUGUCACUAUGUUUUCCAUUGCUUUUGUCGCAGCAAUAUGCGCCGUGACAACUAAUCUCGUUUUAAUCGUGCAGUAUUUCAGAUACGGUCUCUGUUCGCAGUCCGUAACUCGAUGAAAAUACCACCGGCGCGCCUCGUAGCGUUUUCCACUUUUG